CUCAUUCUGCAUUGCCUCUGGAUAUUGCCUUCCCACAACUUCAUUGUUUUCAAGAUCCCCUUGACGCUGUCUUCUCUCUUAUUUCCAAGCCACAAGCCAGCGACAGACACGAUGUGGUCCGGCGUCGCAAGAGUCCUUGCAGCCACUCUGGUCGUGGCAGGACCAUGCACCGCACACCUGACCAUGGUGUCUCCAAAGCCAUUUGUGCCCGACAACGGUCCUCUUGCUCGGGACCCUCUCAACGCCGGCCAGUUCCCCUGCCGUCCUGAGGGCGGCGAUCCAGCGAACUGGUUCUCCCGGACGCGCACCGCACCCAACACCAUGGCCAUUGGUGAGAAGCAGACCCUCGCCUUUGACGGGACUGCCAUCCACGGCGGCGGAUCGUGCAAGCUCGCUCUCACGAAGGACCUUGUCCCGACGGCCAGCUCAAGCUGGCAGGUCAUUUUGUCCAUCGAGGGCGGAUGUCCCGCCAAGGAUGGGGUGACCCCGAGCUCGUACGAGUUCACCGUCCCCGAGGGCAUUACUCCUGGAGACUACGUCUUUGCCUGGACAUGGAUGAGCAAGCUUGCCGGGCAGAGGGAGUACUACAUGAACUGCGCUCCCGUGACUGUCACUGGCGGCAGCGGUGAUGCUCCGUCUCGUCGACACUCGGACAGCACGACGGCCAACGGCGAGCAGUCUGAGGACUCCCACGCUUCCAGCAAUAACAGCACCGCAAUGGCUCGUUACGAUACUCUCAAACAGUCGUAUCUCCGCGCUGCCUCGGCUUUCCCGGAGCUCUUCGUCGCCAACCUCAAAGACAUGAACGAUUGCAAGACGGGCGACAGCGCCGACGUCGAGUUCCCAAAUCCUGGUCCGAACGUCAUCCGCCCCAACCCCAACGCGAAGUUUGCGCCCAUCACUGGCGAUCUCACAAAGUGUAUCCCCAAGGUAGCUGCCGGAGGAGCAGGAGGACAAGGGGAAGGAGGAGGUGUGGCGCCGCCUCCUGCUACUCUUAGUAACACCGGUACUGGAGUUUCAAGUUCACCCUCGACCAGUGCUGCUGCUGGCGUCAGCACCCCUACAACCACUACAACCUCGACGUCCCCAUAUGCUCCGCCUCCCGCUUCUUCUUCGGCGAGCAACUCACCUACCAUCGGCGACAGCUCCGCGUGCAGCUCAGAAACCCACAGUGCCGGGAACGCUCCCUCAUCGACCGGAGCAGGAUCAGGCUUCACUAUAACGACGCCGACCACCAUGGCCACGACAACACAGCCGUCCGUGGCUCCUGUGCUGCCGCCUGCUGCGUCGAGCACCAAUGGCAGUGGGACCACCACCGGUGGUGGCGACAGCAGCGCCGUGCUGCUCUCGGGUCCUUGCACGACCGAGGGUGCGUACAAUUGCGACGGCAAGUCGUUCCAGCGGUGCGCCGCGGGUACGUGGUCGCCUGCGAUGCCGCUCGCCCAGGGAACGGUGUGCAAGCUGGGACAGUCGGAUACUCUGUGGCGGCGGUAAAAGAUGUCGAGUUGAAAGGGACGCUCUUGCUGGGCUUCUGCCAUUCUAUUCUCGUGUCGAGGGAUGGGAGCGUCGGAUGCUCUUCUUUUCCCCCCCGAUAAAUUGAGUCCUUUGUCUUAUUACAUGGGGUUUCCCCUUUUUAUGUUGAGUUGUGGUUGGAAGAGGCGUGAACGGUGUAAACUGCCACCAUAUGGAUAUCCAUGACAUAGGGUCUCGCUUCGUCUCGCGCAUGACGCCUCCGAAAU